AAAGCUUGCUUACAAAAACCAAGUCAAUGGAGACUCGAGUCACAAGUGACCAGCUCUUGGUGCCGCUCGAGAAGUUUGAGGCUAAUGACCAGCUCGCCGGAACGCAACGCAAGCGCGAGCACAACGUGGACGACGAAGACAAGGAUGCACAGAAGCGACGUACCGUGAGCAGGCAGUCGCGGCGCCACAACUGGCAGCCCAAGUACGAGAUGGAAUUCGGGCUCCUGGCCAUCGAGCGAGAUCCGGUCUCGAACGACGUGCUGUUGGCUAUGUGCGGCUUCUGCAAGGCCUUCGGGCGGGAGGGCAAAUACGACCAGCUGGUGCAGCAGGAUCAGGAGUCUGGAAACGAUACCAAGAAGCGGCGCAGACGUUCGCUAACCACCACCAAGUUCUUUCGUGCAUUCCGAGUCGACAACAUCCGAAGCCACUUGCAGGGCGCUCACCCACGGCGGUGGGCGGAAUAUGAGGCACUGCCCAAGCAGGAGAAUGCGAGAACUCGCUAUUUGCAGUUGCAGAGCGAUCUGCAGACGUACGACCAUCUCCCCAUGGUCGACGACGUGGUGCUCGGGGGCCCAGCGCUCAAUGCAGAAUCGGACAUGACCUAUGCUCAUGCACAUGCGCUCGCCCAAGCUUCGGCGAUUAGUGAAGCACAACAUGUGGCAGCACAGGCGGUACAUAAUGGACACACCUCGACUGGAUUCAGUGGAGGUAGUCAAAACAGCACGCAGAUGACGGCGUCCUUGGUGCGUUUGUUGAGUGUAUUCUGGUUUGAUCGCUGGUCUAACUGUGCUGUGGUUGGUGCGAUUGGUUGGUUUCGUUGGUGCUGUCAUGCUUCAGACUUACAAUGCUUCAGGUGUUGCUUCGAGCUCGGCGUCAGGAUCAGCCAGCACUCGUAAUGCGCACUUCGACUAUGAAAAACACUUGACGGAGCAGAUCGCGUUGGACCGUGAACGACUGGAAUUUGAGAAAAUGCGCUUUAAAAAGGAGGUCGAGCUACGCGAGCGUGAGCUGGCGCUUCGAGAGAAGCACAUGGAACAGCAGAUUGCUUUGCAAGAAAAAUUGUGUGAGGCAAGCCGCGAGAACGCACAGAUUGAGGGCGCCAAGUUCUAUCGCUUAGCCGAAGUUUUGCGAGAUGCGAUCACAGGAGCCCAAAACUCAUCGGAAGCGGCUUCUGUCGUGUAAUUACAGUACUGUCGGUAAACGUGUUGUUCCAGAAGCUCUAUACAGGUAUAAUUUGUCCGCAGGUUUUUUGUUGAGGGUAAUAUCAAGCAUGUGCAGUUUCCAGCCGAACCAGCUUGCUGGCCUAGCGUCUCUGUCUUAUGGUAUUGCGGAGAACGGGUUCAUGCACACAGCAACAACCAUUCGAGCAAAUAGAAAAUACUACUUCUUGGAAAC